AUGGCCCCGGUGGUGGCCGGCGAAGUUAGCGGGCGGGAAAAGGGCACGGAAGGGCAGAGGGCAAAGGGUGAGGGCGAGGGUGGAGGGAAGCGGGCGAGGAAAGGAAGGGGGUGGGAGGAGGGGAGGGACAAUUGUGGACGAUCCCGGGAACCCCAAUGCCCCUGCCUCAGCGCGGCGCUGCGCCGUGGCGGCUGCGCCCAUGGGCGGGUGGUGGCAGGGCGGUGCGGGGGCGCGCCGCGGCGCCGCCGGCUCCUUCUCCGUUUGCUCCUGCUCCCGCUCCUCCUCCUCCUCCGCCGCCGCCCCAUGUUCGUGACCUGCUUCUUCUGCCGGCGCCGGCGGCGCCGCCGCCGCCACCGCCACCGCGCGCACAAGCACCGCCUCCGCGACCGCGACCGCCCGCGUCCGAAGGCGUCGCCGCGCCCGCCGGGCGGCGACGAGGCGGCGGGGGCCGGCGACGAGAGCGACGACGACGAGGUCCUCGCCACGCUCGCCUGCUUCGCCGCCAUGCCGCAGCCGGACGUGGAAAGCGAUUCUGUUUCCGGGUUGGACAGAUGUAUACAAGGAGUUUCUGGAGUGAUAAAUACUUAUGGAGUAGGAGUAUGA